GCUGUAGGUAGGUGCGCAGCAUCGGUCGGCCGACACGAUUAUCGUACGUGGAGGUACUUACUGUGUAUUGUGAUGUCAUUAUAAAAUCGAUGUAAAGUAUAUACGACGCGGUGCAGAUGACGAUAAUCUCCGUGGAGAAUAUUCUCGGUGAAAACGGAGAAGGAAUAUUCGCGGUGGGUCGCGCCCGACCGUGACCGAGACUUGAACGUCCGCCGACUCGCGGCGACAACACACAACAACAACAACAACAACAACAAACACCAACAACAGAAACACCAACGAUAACUGAAUAACUGAAUACGGCUACGACAUAGUACGAUAAUAAUAUAACCGUUUGGCGGCGGAGGCGGUGUCAAUAUCGUCGCGGUCGCGGCAACGGCAGGAACAGGAGCAGGAGCAGUGUCACCGCCGCGGUCCAUUGUCUGCGCGCGUUCAUUGUGUCGUCGACCGUCGCCGCAACGGUACGCACAUCAUCAUCAUCGUCGUCGUCGUCGUCGUCGUCAUUCGGCUCGACUAUGGAACCAGCGACGGUCGCGUUACUAUUGUCGUUCUCGGCGCUCGCCACUGCCGCCACUGGCAAGCCGCCGGACGGCCGCGGCGCGUUCGGUUACCCGGACGACGAGCACGUGAUCAUCACUCAGUACGGACCUAUGCGGUACGAACCGGUCACCGCGGACCAGAUGAACCGGCCGUACGACGACGGCGCCGCGAAAACCGCGUCGUCCGGGCGUGGCUAUUACAAGGCCGAGGUGAUACCGUUGGACAUGAAAACCUGGAAGCCCGCGGCCGGCGCCGACGGCCGUUGGGUCGGCAGAGCGGCCGCCGGUGGCCGGGUCGACUCGUUCGACGUGCCGCUCCGCGUCGGCUAUUCGGUGCGGCCCGCGGCCCGGCGACGCCGACACGACUACCUGUUGAUGGGGCACCGGCCGCGGCCGCAGCCGCCGCAGUGGAACCAUCGUCAGCCGGUCGCCCCGCGCCGACGCAUCGACACCAUCGGCCCUUUGGAGGUGCCGAUCCGACCGCGGUUUUUUGAAGGAAGGGCCUGAAGCCUAACACAACGAGCCAAGAGAACUAUGUGAACGUCAUGUGCGGAUAAUAUUAUAACAUAUUACGACUUAUGUGUUGAUUCUGUGCAGAUAAAACUCUUUACUCAUUCCUCGUUCUGUAUACCGACGAAGUAAAUAUUAUGUUAGUGGUACACACUAUGAUAUUGUGAUUUCACGUCGAUAUUCUGAUUUUCAUAUUAAUAAUUAAGUGUUUUUUUAUCGUAAUAUAUCAUAUUUUCGUAAAAUGGAAUAAUAUGCUUAACAAUGAAAAUAAAAUAAACAACUUCGUCCGAAAUAACACAAUAAUAUGUUUCAAUAAUAACAAUAAUAAUAUAAUGAUUUAUUAUGCUAAUUGCGUCUAAAAAAUAACACUGUUGUACGUUUAAGUAUAAAAUAUGUAUAAUAUUAUAUUUUAUUGUUAAAAUACCUAGUAAUAAUAAUACCUAUAUGUUGAUGUCAGCAGGAGUGAUCCAAAUUAUUUUAAAUUCAAGCUAUACCUAUGUUGUUAUUGUUGUCGGAGUACCUACAAUAGAACCAUGUCGUUGACGUUAAUUAUUCCUGACGAAUAUUUGACAAUAGCUGAUAUUAUAACUACAACAACUUUUCCCCGAUCAGAAAAUGUUCAAUUUCCGCAAUCCUGCUGCAGGAUAGGUUAUUAAUUAAAUGAUGAUUUUUUUCCAUUUUAGUAAACACUAGUUUUGAUAAUAUUUAUUUAUUACGGAUUUAUGUCUGCGUGCGAAUAAAAUAUUUGUACGUAAUAUAAUAUACUUUGUAUUUAUA